GACACGAUUAGCUUAGCAUGCAAUAGAUGUCAGUUUAGCAAUUUCAUCAAAACGGAGGUCGCAAAUUGACAGACUGAUACUUGAAAGUCCGAAAAUUAUUAAUAUCAUUAAUUAAAAUGGACCAGGGAAAAGCACCAGUUCGCGUUUCACCUCUGAUCAAAUUCGGAAGGUGGAGUUUUCUCGUUGUCGGAAUAUUAUAUGGAGCAGCUCAUCAAAGCAGACUGGCAAAACGCGAAGUAGGAAUUAGAGAAGUCGAAGCUAAACAUAAAGCAAUUCGGGAUGCAAAAUUAGCUGAGGAAAAGAAACGAGCUCAAGAAGAGGAAAACAAAUACUUCUCUUCACUCUAAACAGAUUAGCAUUAUUAAAUAGGAAAUGCAGUAACAUUCACCAUAAGGCGUUAGAUGUGCUCUGUAAAUUAUUCGGAUUUUAUGUGAAAUAAAAAGUUAUUAUACAU